GAGAUAGGAGCAGCGAAAAUGGUUUGACCAAUGAUCAUUGAGCCUCCACACCACAUGUAUCGUCCUCUUAUGUGGAUAAGCCACACCAACUCAAACAAAACUCCAAAACUCAAACCCCAUCAUGUUCCCUUCCUUCCAUUCUCUUCUCUCCACUUUCAAACACCACUCAUAGACACACAAUCACCCUUUUUUCUCAUUCAAAAACUCACCAUACCAUGUCCGUUCAGGCACGACGGCUUGCCGUUUUCUGCGCCCAUCUUAACCCGACCCGAUUACCUCCGGAUCCUCCCGCUCUAUUUCUUUCGCCUUCCCUCUGUGCUCCUCAUUCCGACGCCGAAAACCGCACUCUGCAAGACGAUUGCGUUUUCUGCAACAUUAUUCGUGGCCAAUUACCAGCUUUGAAGCUUUAUGAAGAUGACACGUGCCUAUGCAUACUGGAUACAAGUCCGCUGAGUCAUGGGCACUCCCUCAUUAUCCCAAAAUCUCAUUUUCCUUCUCUGGAUGCUACUCCUCCAUCAGUGGUAGCUGCAAUGUUUUCAAAAGUUCCCUUCAUUAGCAAUGCAAUCAUGAAGGCUACUGGCUGCAGUAUGUACUUCAAUACCUGUUCAUUCAACCUGUUGGUCAACAAUGGGGCAGCUGCUGGCCAAGUAAUAUACCAUACACAUGUUCACAUAAUUCCCCGUAAAGCAUACGAUUGUUUAUGGGCUUCUGAGAGUUUGCUAAGGCGACGCGUUAAUUUAGAUGAUGAGAAAGUUUCUCAGCUCGCAGCUCGUAUUCAGAAGCAGUUAUUGCCAUCUGACAUGAGCCAGGAAAGCAAGAAUGAAAAUUUUUGUUCAUGUAAAAGUUAGUUGGAUUAUUCAUCUGUUGUAACUUAAAAGUUUAUAUUUUCAUUCAGAAGAAUAAUGCAUACGCAUAACUAUUAUCCAAUGUAACACUCAACUUCAAAAAUUGGGUAGUUGAGAUUUUUGAACCAUUGUUAAACCCAAGCCAAAAAAACUCAACUACUCAUCUCUCGUCUAUCCAGUAUGAGGGUUAUGUCAGAUAUUUUUUUGUACAUGCAUUAUUUUCCUUUUAUUUAUGUUCCUAUGUAUCAGUCGAAUUUUUAAUUUAUCUGUAAUAUAUUUAUAAGAAGGAUUUACUAGAA